AUGUUCGCUUCUCGCGCUGUCUCCGCUCUCACCAAGCGCGCUCCUGUCAGGGCUUUCACCAAAGCUCGUCCUUUCACCUCGUCCGUCACUCGCUUCAGUGAUAACAAGCUCAAUGUCCCGGGAAAGAUCAUCCCAUACGAAGAGGUGAAGACCGAAGAUGACCUCCUUCCCCCCGGUACCAAGGCCGGUCAGGUCCCCAGCGAUCUCGAGCAGGCUACCGGUUUGGAGCGUUUGGAAUUGCUCGGAAAGAUGCAGGGCAUUGACGUUUUUGAUAUGAAGCCUCUUGAUGCUUCCCGCAAGGGAACAUUGGAGAACCCCAUCAUUGUCAACGGAGCUGGUGAUGAGCAAUACGCUGGUUGCACUGGCUACCCUGCCGACUCCCACAUUGUCAACUGGUUGACUGUCUCCCGUGAGCGCCCAAUUGAACGCUGCCUCGAGUGCGGCAACGUCGUCAAGCUCAACUACGUCGGUCCCGACACCGAUGCCCAUGGCCACGACGACCACGCCCAUGGUCACCACGCCACUUACGAGGAGCCCAAGACUUUCGCAGACUACGUUAAGCCUGAGUACUGGUACCGAUAAAUUACCAACCCUUUGCAUCUGAAAGGGCAGACUUUAUUAUAUUCGUGAAAUGUCAUCAUUGGUUUUGGAGUUGCGUUGAACAUAUUAAAGUUUGCGAAAACAUCCUGACACCACAAGAAACAAUCGACCUUUGUUUUUAUUUCUUUUGUUUUUGUUCGUCUUAUCUGUUCAACAAAACUUCUGUAGUAUAGUCGAGUGAGGCGGAUGGAGAAUAGAUCAGGUUUUGUUAG